AUGGGAUUCAUCCGUCUCAGUUACCGCCCUCUUGGGCGCUGCUUCUAUGCCCACACUGAGGAGGAGCUUAAAGAACGUCCGCCCAAGACGGAGGAAGAGAUAUUAGCAGAGCAGAUGGAAGCUGCUCACACCAUCGCCAUGCAAGACCAAGCGGACAUGUGGGGUAUGUGGCCGUCCCAUCCGGCACCAGCCCCUGCCCUUGUCGCCGCGCCCUACGGCGUACCACUGGCACUAUCUCACUAUUCGGGUUUGCAUACUGCUUGUUGGACCUUCGCGAUGCAGGCUGCUGCUGUGGCUGAAGCUGCACGACUGUCGGCGAAUGAGCCGGCUCAACCUUACUAUGCUGAGGGACUAUAUGGAAUGGAUUACUACUCUUGGACGGCUCUUAAGGAUGCCCAGCGGGCCAUGCAUGCUCCCAGCGGAGGAGCUCGCCACGAAAUCCCUACUGCCUCGGCCAGUGCUACAGCCUCCGUCGGAGCUGACCCAUUGUCAAGUGGUGGUGGCGGCACUCCAAAUGCUUCUUCAGUGGAUGAUUUCGGGAAACGUAAGGAUGGUGGCAUUUCGAUCCGACUGGAUAUUCUCAAUUCUAGAUGGACUAGAAAGGACUCAGAGUGA